CUGCUGGACUGGGACAUGGCCAACGAGGUCUUCCUGGCCUGCACCACCGAGCACUUGCCCCCGACGCAGCAGAACCUUGCCAGAUACAGACUUCGAAUUUUCGAGCCACCAGCCCUGACUCUGAACAGAGGAGCCAACUUUAAGGAUGGUGAGGAGGAGAGCGGGGGUCCCUGCUGUGAACCCAACCCGUGGAUGUGGGUGAACCCCAACAUCGUGCUCCCCGCAGGAGAGCUGGGGGCUACAGCGCCCGUCCAAAGGGAGCGACUCACAAGUCCGCUCCCUUCCCCCCAGCGGCCCCCCAAAGACAAGGGUUUGGACAGCUGUUCCGAGGUCAUGGUGGAGUCCCCACCGCCCUCGUCCAGCGAGAAGUCGCCCCCUCCGAAGCGGAUGGCCUCUUCCCCCAGCCCCUGGGAGCUCACAGAAGAGGAGGCGGAGGCAGAGGACCAGGAUGACAGCUCUCCUGUGGCUCUCCUAUCCCCCCACAAAAGGGUCCCUCUCCAGAGCCAGACUCUUCGGCACACCUGCAGCCAGGAGGGGCCGCUCUGGGCCAGGCCCCCCCUCAAUUACUUCCAUCUGAUUGCCCUGGCGUUAAGAAACAGCGCCCCCUGUGGGCUCAACGUACAGCAGAUCUAUAGCUUCACGCGACAACAUUUCCCCUUUUUCCGGACGGCUCCAGAAGGCUGGAAGAACACCAUCCGCCACAACCUCUGUUUCCGAGACAGCUUUGAGAAGGUGCCUGUCGGCCCCGAGGAUGGGGCCAGCCCGCGUCCUCGCUGCUGCCUGUGGAAGCUCACGGAGAAGGGCCACGCUCGGUUCCUGGCGGAGGUUCAUGCCCUGGCCGCCACUCGGCUGCGGAGCAUCCGGAAGUGCAUGAGCCAGCCAGAUGUGAUGCCUUUCCUCUUUGACCUUUGACACCGAAGAGUACGAGUUCAC